AUUCUGGAUUACGAGAGUCUCUACGAAGUCAUGUGUAAACCAGCCUGGCUAUUCGACGGUCGUCUAAUUUUGGACCACCAGAAACUCAAGAAAAUCGGCUUCCACGUCAAGACAAUCGGGGUGUACUCCAAUGGUCCACUCGAUAACCUCCACUUUACCACCAGAGGAUUCAGUUGA